AUGGGAGAGAAGAAAGUGAUGUUGGUAGCCAUGGAUGAAAAUAAGCACAGCUCUUAUGCUUUAGAAUGGACUCUCCAAACCUUCUUCACGCCUUUCCAAUCUUCUCCGUCUCCUUUCAAGCUCGUCAUUCUCUACGCUCGCCCCUUCACUCCCAUCCCGGUCAGCGUCGCCGGCCCUUCAUUUGUAGAUGUGCUGCCGACAUUGGAAGUGCAAAUAAAGACGGUUGCUGAUCAAAUUACAGACAAGGCAAGACAGAUGUGUGCUGAUAAAUUUGUGGAAGAUGUGGAAGUGGAAGUGAUAGAAGGGGAUGCAAGGAAUGUGCUGUGUGAUGCUGUUGAUAGACACCAUGCUUCUGUCUUGAUUCUCGGUAGCCAUGGCUAUGGCAAACUCAAAAGGGCGUUUUUGGGAAGUGUGAGUGAUUAUUGUGCUCAUCAUGUAAACUGCUCAGUGAUGAUUGUGAAGAAGCCCAAGUCCAAAAAUUAA